UUUUUUUUUUCUAUUAAACAUUGAUCGAUUAAUUUCAUAAUGAGUGAUAAUCCUUACCUUGCUCAUUUAAACACCGGUGGUAAAACCGAGGAGUUGUUCAACGGUCUCGUUCCCAGAAAGACAACCGCUGAACAAGCUGAAAAGCUCGAGAAUGCUCAAGUCAAUCCUUUCACUGGCAAGACUUUCAGCGCAAAGUAUCAAAAGAUUUUAGAAGGUAGAAGAAAGCUUCCUGUUCAUUCCAAGCGUCAAGAGUUUUUAGAUUUGGUUCAUAAUAACCAAUUUGUUGUGCUUGUGGGUGAGACUGGUUCCGGUAAAACCACACAAAUUCCCCAAUUUUUAGCUUAUGAUGAAUUACCUCACUUAAAGGGAAAGAUGAUUGCAUGUACUCAACCUCGUCGUGUGGCUGCUAUGUCUGUCGCUCAACGUGUUGCUGAUGAAAUGGAUGUCAAGUUGGGCCAAGAAGUCGGUUACAGUAUUCGUUUUGAAGAUAACACCAGUCCCAGUACCUUCUUAAAGUAUAUGACUGAUGGUAUGCUUUUGCGUGAAGCCAUGUCAGAUCCUUUAUUGACCAGAUACUCCGCUGUCAUUCUCGAUGAGGCACAUGAACGUACCUUGAAUACUGAUAUUUUGAUGGGUCUUUUGAAGGAGGUUUGUAGAAAGAGAAAGGAUUUGCAAGUGGUUGUCAUGUCUGCUACUUUGGAUGCUGGCAAGUUUCAAAAGUAUUUCGACGAUGCUCCCUUAUUGUCUGUUCCUGGUAGAACUUUCCCUGUCGAAGUUUUCUAUACUCCCGAGCCCGAGCGUGAUUACCUUGAGGCUGCUAUCCGUACUGUUCUCCAAAUCCAUGUCAGUGAACCUGAGGGUGAUAUCUUGGUGUUCUUGACUGGUGAGGAAGAAAUUGAAACUGCCUGUAGCAAGAUUAGAGCUGAAGGCGAUGAAUUGAUCCGUAGCCAAGGAGCUGGUCCUCUCAAGGUUGUUCCUCUUUACUCUUCUUUACCUCCCCGUGCUCAACAACAGAUUUUUGAAGCUGCACCACCACCACGUACACCCGGUGGCGCACCCGGUCGUAAGAUUGUGGUCUCCACCAACAUUGCCGAAACCUCUCUCACCAUUGACGGUAUUGUCUAUGUUAUUGAUCCUGGUUUUGCUAAGCAAAAGGUAUACAAUCCCCGUAUUCGUGUUGAGUCCCUCUUGGUCUCUCCCAUUUCCAAAGCUUCCGCUCAACAACGUGCUGGUCGUGCUGGUCGUACCCGACCUGGUAAGGCUUUCCGUUUGUAUACAGAGAACGCCUUCAACAAGGAAUUGAUUGAAGCUACAUACCCAGAAAUUUUGAGAUCCAACUUGGGUAGUGUUGUCCUUCAAUUAAAGAAACUCGGUAUUGAUGAUUUAGUGCAUUUCGAUUUCAUGGACCCUCCUGCACCUGAGACUUUGAUGCGUGCGCUUGAACUUUUGAAUUAUUUGGGUGGUUUAGAUGACGACGGAGAAUUAACUCCUACUGGUGAACUUAUGUCUGCUUUCCCUCUUGAUCCUCAAUUGAGUAAGAUGUUGAUCGAAAGUCCCAAAUACGGUUGUUCCAACGAAAUUUUGUCUAUUGCUGCUUUGCUCUCUGUACCUCAAAUCUUUACUCGUCCUAGUAAUGCCCGUAAGGCUGCAGAUGAAGCUAAGGCCCAAUUUGCUCAUGCCGAUGGUGAUCAUCUUACUCUCUUGAACGCCUAUCACGCCUAUAAAACUAACAACGAAGAUCAAAACUGGUGUUUCGAUAAUUUCAUGAACCACCGUUCAUUAAAAUCCGCUGACAAUGUUAGAAACCAAUUAAGAAGAACGAUGGAAAAGCACGACUUAGAUCUUGUUUCUACGGAUUUCGAGCACAGAUCUUACUACACCAACAUCCGUAGAGCGAUUGUUGCCGGCUAUUUCAUGCAAGUGGCUCAUUUGGAACGUUCUGGACAUUACUUGACAGUGAAGGAUAACCAAAUUGUACAAUUGCAUCCUUCUUCAUGUUUGGAUCACAAACCCGAAUGGGUUCUUUACAACGAAUUUGUGUUGACCACUCGUAAUUAUAUCAGAACCUGUGUUGAAGUUAGAGCAGAAUGGUUACUUGAGGUCGCACCUAGUUACUAUGACUUGUCUAAUUUCCCUAAUUGCCAUGGUAAACGUCAACUCGAACAAAUUGCCAACAAACAAGUUAGAAAUGAAGAUUCUAAGAAAUCUUCAGGCAAGAAGAGAAGACAAUAAGUGAUUUACCAUCUUUUUUUUAUAUUUUUAAAUUUUUUUAUAAUUUCAUUUCCCCCAUUUAUCCCAUUUUUUUUUUUAAAUCAUUCUAUAUAAAAAAAGUAUCUUUUUUUUUUUAA